CAAUCUCUGGACAAACAAUAGCGAGCGAUAAUAAUAUUAAUUACAGCCUAUAGACGAUCAUUUGUCAUCAUCACUUUCUCAUCCUGGUACUGGCACCGUGCUACUUUUAAAAACACCCGCUGACGCACAGCUGUAUCAGGAGGGGCAUUUAACUUAACUCAUUAGUCACUUCUAUCAAAGGCGAUCGGGUAGUAUAACUUCAACAAGUCUGCAACUGGACCUCUUCUCCGACCCCGAUCCUCGACACCAGCUGACAGCAAUAAAACUCGACUAUGGUGGAGACUUUCUGCAAUUAGAUCAAGCUGAUUAACCGCGACUAAAGGACUUAAACACCGCUGUUUAGAUCUGACAUUUUGCUCUGAUAACAUGGGCGGAGUGUGCAUAUGCUAUCCAUGGAUUUGCAGACCAGUGUGGCCACUUUUUAUCAUUCUGGCUACAGUACCCUGUAUGUUGUACUGCUCAGAGAGUCCUGCGGCAGUUGUUGGCAAAAUGUAUCCACGCGGCAAUCACUGGGCAGUAGGUCAUUUGAUGGGGAAGAAGAGCAUCGAGAGCCUGCCUGUGCUUCAAGAGACAAACAGUGACUACCUCACACCUUCAGAAACAGCCGGGGUCACAGAUCUGGACCGAUACGAGCAUCUGAUGGAGGCUCUGAUGCAACAAAAGAACCGAAACCAGAUGAUGCCACAAACUGCAGACAGACUGCUUCGGCUGCGAAGCGGCUGGAGACAAGAGGACAGAGACAAAUAUCUCAGAGAGAUGUCAGACCUGCUUCUUCUGGCUUUGAAACUGCAAGACAAUGACUCCACCUGAAUGCAAGACAAAAACAGUCAUCAUUAUCGACUAAACACGUGCCCUGUAAUCACUUAUCCACACUGUGUAUUUAUUUUCUGCUGUAAGAAUAUGCCGCGAGACCCAAUAGAAGUUUAUUUUAUCAGUAAUUUCUAAUUUUAAAUUUGCAUAUCAUGCAGCAGUUUGAUUUCAGACUGACAUGACAAGGUUAUGUUACUAGAACUGAGAAUACUGAAUAAAUUUAACGUUGUGAU